AUGCUCGACUUCGGGGACGUCCCAGGACUACGUAUCAUAUUUUCGACGACUCGCACUGCACGUCGACUUGUCUGGUUCAUAGUCUUCGUCGGACUCACAUCUUUACUCUUCGUCGACCUCCGCAGAGUAGUCGACGACUACUACGAGUAUGAAGACAUAAUGUCCAUUGACUCCAAAUACGACGAAGCAGACAUGGAGUUCCCAUCGGUGACUAUCUGCAACAAAAAUCCCGUCAGAAGGAGCAUCUUUUGUAGUUCAAAGUUUACGUGCGGCAGCGAAAUCUCAGAAAAUUUUCACCGCAAAAUCUGUGAGGAAAAUGGAUCUACGUACGGCGACAUAUGGCUUCGCUCGGGCCGAGAGGGAAAAGAGUUGAAGUCCUACUUUCGCUGGAUGAGACGAAUGCAACAAUCCAAAGAAACGUUCGGUUUCCUCCUCGGUCACCAGAUGAAGGAUGUGAUUCUAGGUUGUACCAGGGCCAGGUUUUUAAACUGCAAUUCAGACAAAUACUGGACCGUAAAGAGUUACGGCACGUACGGCAACUGUUUCUGCUACGGAUGUGUUCGAGCAAAGAAUAUCGCAUACGAAAUGGAACACAUUACAACUCCUGCCGUAGGCCUACGAAUAUUGCUCAACGUGGAAUUAGAAGAAUAUCUCCCAUUCUCCAAUGAAGCUGGUUUCUUGGUUGCCAUUCACCAGCCGGGAGUUGACGUUGAUUUCAGCCAAGACGUGCUUGAAAUACCACCGAGACAUACCACAUAUGUUGCCUUUACUCAGGUGACAGUCUUCCCAGCAUUGUUCAUUUAA